AUGUCACAUAUCGUGCUGGAGUCUCUAAAGGAUCGUAUUCCAGUUGAGAUCUGGGUAUUGAUAUUCCACCACGCCUGCGCUAACUCGAAUGCCUUCCCUUUUAUCGACGAGACCCGCAACCGCCUGAGUACUUCCGUGAUCCGGAACUUCAACCUGUUCAAGUAUAGCUUUCGACCCAGUCUUCUCAUUCAACCUCUCGAAGAUUUCUUAAAAACCUUACGAUCCGUCUGUCGAAAGUGGGCAGCUAUCGUAGAAAGGUUACCAAGGCGCCACCUAUUUAUUUCCACCGAUCCGAAAAACUUUGCAUAUCCCUCCAAUCAUGUGAAUAAUCUUCCAGGGGUUGAAGUCAUCCAUCUUAUAGGUGAAUACAUAUAUUCUUACUGUCUUUGCCCGUCCAGGGCUUCCAGGUGUCGCGAUAGGGACUGUGAAACCAUGAAGAAGCUCGAGAGGUUACCAUUUCAGAAAUUUUGGGAAGUUGAAGAACCGAUCUUGCGAACGCAACUCCACAACGUUAAGGCCAUAUUCCUUCGUAGCCACUCACCUGAAUCUGAACGGAUUCUCAAAGCUGCGACCAAUAUCCAUGCUCUUCAUGCAUCCUGCUUUGACAGAUCAUUCGAACCCAUCGCCUCGCUGGUAACCAGAGCCAAAUAUCUCACCCAUCUUUCUCUGGCCACCAUACCCUGUGAGUCUUUCUUCAGCUUUUAUUUAGACGGGUCGGCUACCUUACCCUCUGUCCAAUACCUUGAUAUCUCUUUUAUGAGAUCAUGGUCUUUCGAUUCACCAUCUAACCACCCGAAUAAACUUCCACUCUUCCCGCACCUCAAGACGCUAAAGAUUUCCGGAGACAUUGACAACGUCUUCCAGUCUGCGGCUCAAGAUUUCUUGAUUGAGUGUGGUCGUACAGUCGAAGAGUUUGUUGAGUGCCCCUUGGAGCAUUGGGAGAGACAAUGGGUCUCAACGUUCACGACGUUGUUCUCAUAUUUCCCUGAUUUGCAUCUUUACGGAGCCUCUCUCCAAAACCUUGUCGAAGACCUAGGUCCAGUCCAAACAUUCCUCGCGAAUCCCGAAAUCUCCAAUCGGCUUUUGACUCUUUUGUUGGCUCGAUGGAAAGUUACAAAACUGGUGAUACCGGAAACAUGGGAAAAUUUUAGCGGGAUUCUUAUGCAGAAACGGCGGAAUGGAGCUGUUGGUGACUCUGCAAUAGCUCGCUUCAAGAAGUUUGUCGAAUUUAUAAAGGUCUCCUCUGUUUCAUUCUGUGAUUCAGAGGGAAUUUUGGUCCAAAAUGCAAUACAACGUACCUUGGGGACACUCCGGCUCGUCUGUCGUUUAUGGUGCUCAAUUCUUCAAGGCCUUCAUCGUAUCUGCGUGAUCACCGAUCUAAAUGCGCUUAAUUACCCCGGAAGGUCCAUCGAAGUCCUGGAAGGAGUGGAGCGAAUCGAGAUAAUCUCUGAUAGAGCGUCUUGCUUUUGCUCAGGAGAGGAGCACUGCCUUCAUGUGUUGGAAGGACUUAUCCCAUCCAUGCCUGGGCAAGCUGGUUGGUGGGAGGACCUGGCGAAUGAAAGACUCGAGAAAUUCUUACUCAGAAUUAUGGUCUUUUCAUUUGGUAAUUGGGGUGGUGAUGUUGAGAAAUUGAUGGCUCUAAUGCCAAAUUUACAAGCGCUUGAGGUGGAGGAGUCGAAG